UGAGGGUCAUGUAGCCUCAGUAGGGGGGAAGUGUGCGAUCACUUUACCGCAUGCUGUUAGGAAUGAACACCACCACACUGGGGUGGGUAUAAAAAACAAAAUGUAUAAAAACAACAACAAAAAUGGAGUGUUAUUUUGUAUUAAAGUUUAUAAAGUUUCAAUUUUACUUAGACAUAUAAGUACUGCACUGUUUCCUAAAUAAACAGGUUGAGAUUUUAACCUUCUAUUCGUAAGGAUCAUCGAAACCCCCCCACCCCCAAAGGUGCGAAUGGUGCAGUCCGUCGAGCACUACUUUGCAGUUAAUUCGCAGCGAAUCUCUUAACAAAUUAGAUUAGCAUAUCAACAGGGAAAAAACAAAGAACAAGAGUAACGAAGAGAUAAUCAGUAGUUAACUCCAUUCAGAAAACAACUGAGCUAAAUUUGCUAAAUACUUGCGAUUUGUUUACCUAGAGUCAGACAUACAGUAUUUGCAUCACAGACAAAAACAAAAUGGCGAAUUACUCGUCAGUUGUAUCUGCUAAGUUCACACACUAUAUUCCCCUCUCUGCUCCACCUGACCGCCUAUUCUCCAUUUUCAGUGCAUUUACAUGUCUUUUUUCCCUUGACAGAGAUGAGGUGAAUGAUGAACCUUAGCAUUGCAAGACUAGUGGGUUCAUAAACAAACAACGAAUCACUAUAUGUACAAAAUAUCAUUUCUAGGAAAUGUAGCAAAAAAAAAAAAAGUGAUCAGGCCAAAAUCAACCACAAGAUGGGCUGAAGCAUCCAGUAUGAGAAUCACUGCUGUACAGUAUAAUACACAGGAAAUCUCAUAAUUUUUUAAAUAUUGGAAAGCUGCUUUGAAAUGUGUUCAAGGUCAGUUAGAUUCAUAUCUGCACAUUGAAUGUACAAGUAAAGUCCACAUCAAUACCCACACAGUCUUAUGUAUCGAGUCAUUAAUAGUGUGUGAAAUCUAGCUCCUUCACAUCAUGGGCCUUACAUUAACUUUUUCUCUCCUCCAGCUGAGGUCUAGUAAUCCCAGCUUUACCUGAUCAUGCAGCCACCAAGGAUACGCCGUAAAGGGUCCAGCUGCAAAGCACAAAAGCACUGGAGUGAGUUGACGACAUUUGAGUCAGGGAGAGAGUUCUACCUUGAGCAGACAUUAGAAGACACCCGACUGCCACAGGACACACACCUCUGCACCCAGACGGGAAUCAGCAACGAAACUUCUGACACUUCAGAAGGCAUGACCAAGUCGCUCCCAGAAUCCACAGGUGGUCUCAUCACUUCUCUCCAUCCUCUCAGGAUCCACAGCAGCCCGUCUGAACCACCUCGAUCCCCAACGCUGCGGGAGUGCGGGGUCAUUAUACGGCAGCUGUAUAACGCCAACAGUCUUCAGUCUCAGGAAAUUCUCCGCAUCAAGGCUAUUCUCAGGGACAUCAUGUUCAACCGGAAAAUCACCCCCGAGAACUACAUUAUGGCCAAAGCCUAUCUCGCUGAUGAGAAAAGAGCUGAGGAGCCGGAGAUGUUUCCAAAGCUUCCUUCUCGCGCCCUGCCCAAAGGACCGGUUGUGUGUCAGGCCAAGAUGGCCGAGAGAGUGAUCCUUCCCUCACUCACACAGAGCCUCAGCAGGAGAACUCGAGCUGUGCAGAGGAGCCGCUUGUGGAGAAAAAUACCAUAAACUGUUAAAUACUGUAUUGUCCAGACUAUAAGACUAUUCCCAAUGACUCAGGCAUUUGCCCACUUGUAAUUUGCAAUGUAUUAGUGUAUUUACUGGAGGCGUGUUAAUCUGGCAGUUAACUUUUCUAUGAGCAGGUCGAUUAUCUAAUUCUAUAGAAAUUGGAGAAGCGGUAAACAACUACCAGACUACCCCAGCAGGGGGCGAUUAACUGAAGAAUUAAAAGGCAUCUCAAAGUGCUUAGCGAUUAAACUCAAACUUGUAAUUUAUGAGCUUAUUGCAGGAGAUUCUUAGCAUUAUGGGCAUUGAUUAAUGAUAUAUUUAAAAAGGAUUGCAAGUAAAAUUCUUUGUUUAGAUCGUUAAAAUACAAGAUUCUUUGUAAAACUUUUUAAGCGUGUGUUUUAACAAAUUUUAUAUAUA